GUUUUCAAGCAUGAUUAGCAAAAUCGACGGCAGCGAAGAUGCGUUGGUGGCACCGCCACCUUUUGAAGAAGAAUCUUCCGCACGAUGCUAUUCGGAAGAAGAAGAUUAUUCGGCCAGUGUCACAGCUAUUUUGGAAAGACGAGUAAGUUCCAGGUCAAAGGGCAAGAGGAGGAAGUCUUUUAAAAGUAGCAUGGCCAGCAGUCCGGCCAGUGGAGUGAAAAAUGGUGGCAGGAGAGAAAGUUCAAUAAGUGCGGCAAGUUCAGCAGAAACCGUAGUGUCCAUGGAAGAGGAAGUCCCCCAACAAGUAACAGAAGAACAAAUUUUCGAAAAUAUUCGAUUACACAAAGAAGUCUUAAGUUCUGUUAAAAUGCAACCAUGGCCAAUGAGAAGAAAACGAAGACUAGCACAUCAAGCAAAAAGUUAUGUCGCCCGGCAUGAAGAUGUUUUGCAGGAAAGAUUGGCUUUAUCAAGAAGUACCAGGGAUAUGAUGGCUAGAAUUAACAUUUUUCUAGCGGCGAAAUGGAGUCAUUGGAAGCGUGAAGCAGCUAAUCUAGGAAACUGGCUUGUGCCAUGGGAAAGAAGGAUCAAAGAAAUCGAAUCCCAUUUUGGAUCAGUAGUCGCAUCAUAUUUUACAUUCCUGCGUUGGUUGUUUUGGGUCAAUAUAGUUAUAGCAACGGUUUUAACCGUUUUUGUCGUUGUACCUGAGAUAUUAACCGCCGAUCCUCAAACAUCUGGCGAACGUAAAACAAUGAUUCCUGAGGAAGAAGCUUCUUCAGGAGAUCUCGUUACUCUUUGGGAUUUCGAAGGUCCUCUCAAAUAUUCACCGUUAUUUUAUGGCUACUACACAAAUCGAGAACCUGGUACAGCUCAUGGAUAUCGACUACCUCUGGCUUAUUUAGCUACUGGACUUGCUGUCUAUAUUUAUAGCUUUGUUGCAACAUUAAGAAAAAUGGCCGAAAACUCUAGGAUGUCAAAGUUAUCCAGUAAAGAUGAUGAAUGCAUUUUCUCUUGGAAAUUGUUUACCGGAUGGGAUUAUAUGAUAGGGAAUGCGGAAACUGCACACAAUCGAGUUGCCUCUAUAGUACUUGGUUUUAAAGAAGCCUUAUUGGAAGAAGCAGAAAGAAAUCGAGAACCAAGAAACUGGCGAGUACUGCUGGUGAGAGUAGCGGUGAACUUGAUGGUAGUAGUCCUACUUGGUGCCUCUGCAUAUGCUGUCGUCGUGGUAGUCGAACGAUCAUCAACUGUUAAACCAAACGCUAGUUGGUGGAGAAGAAACGAAAUCACUGUCGUUAUGUCUUUGAUCUCGAUCAUAUUUCCUGUCCUUUUUGAACUUCUGGGAUUCUUGGAACGGUUUCAUCCUCGGCAGCAACUGAGGCUGCAAUUGGCAAGGAUCAUGGUGCUCAAUCUUCUUAAUUUGUAUUCGCUGAUCUUUGCGCAGUUCGACAAAAUCGAAAACAUGACAAUUUCUUUAGAACAACUGAGACCUAACAUGCCAUGGAAUCAAGUAACAGAAACAAGUGCGAUUUCAACAAUUAUAUUCGCUACAGAAAUGACUUACAUAAGCACAAACGAAGACAAAAAAUUUAUGACAACCACCGAAACUACGACUGAAAAUCAUCAUUCUGCUCUUCCAGAAAACAUAAAUAACACAAAUUGUUAUGAAGUGCCAGUAGUCUGCAAUACAUCUCAUCAUCAUGUGGCUCAAUUGAAAAUGCCAUAUGAUUACGAUGAUGCAGUAUCAUCUUCAGAAGAAAACUCUACAACUAAUUUGCAAAAUUUAACAAAUAGUAAACCUAAGUCUAAUUUAUCCCUCUGGUAUAAUUUUUAUAAUGAAAAUGUUGAUUCAUUCAAUUACACCUUUGAUUAUGAAGAUUAUGAGGUUACUGAUCACAACAACACUAACACAGAUUUUGAUGGUUAUAAUAUUAGCACAUUGCUACCAUCUUUAUAUCAUGAUUACAUAUCAAAAUUUACCAAGUCUCUCGGAGAAACUACCACCGAAUUUGAUAAUACUGCUAACAAUGAUACAGACCAAUUAAAAACAUGUUUUAUUUUGGUUUGCAACAACAUAACAUCAGGAUUAAAUCUUGAUUUAUCUCGAGCCUCUUUUUUAAGAUCAGAUGAUUUACAAUUAGAUAUAACAACUCCUGAAACUGUUGCGCAAACAAAUUCUAAAAUAGUUAAUAGGAGACCGGAAUUAAAUAUGGAAACGAGAAGAAAACUUCGAAAAUUGUGCUGGGAAACUAAUUUUGGACAAGAACUGGUUAAACUUACAGUCAUGGAUUUGGUGCUGACAACAUUCACUACAUUGAUGGUUGAUUUUUUGCGAGCUUUGGCUGUUCGAUAUAUGAAUAACUUUUGGUGUUGGGAUUUAGAAAAACAAUUUCCCCAGUAUGGCGAUUUUAAAAUAGCAGAAAAUAUUUUGCAUCUAGUAAAUAACCAAGGUAUGGUGUGGAUGGGAAUGUUUUUUUCUCCGGGGCUGGCUAUAUUGAAUCUGGUCAAAUUAAUUUUAUUGAUGUAUCUUCGCUCAUGGACCGUCAUGACUUGCAAUGUGCCUCAUGAAGUAGUUUUUAGAGCUUCUCGAUCAAACAACUUUUAUCUGAUGCUCUUGUUGACCAUGCUAUUCCUGUGCGUUUUACCAGUGGGAUACGCAAUUGUAUGGGUGGAACCAUCCUGGCAUUGUGGACCAUUCUCCAAUUAUAAAAGGAUAUACCAUCUGUUUACCGAAACACUUCAUAAUGCACUUCCAAAGUCCUUACAUCGAUCUUUGGACUACAUAGCAUCACCAGGGACCAUAAUACCACUGCUGGUACUUUUAGUAUUGAUAAUUUAUUACUUAAUAUCAUUGACGGCUUCAUUGAGAGAAGCCAAUCAAGAUCUGAAGCUCCAAUUACGUCGAGAAAGAACUGAAGAACGAAGGAAGAUGUUCCGUUUGACUCGAUCAGAAGAUUCCUUUGAUGAUGGUAAAGAAAAUAACGGUGGUGCUGGAGGUGGUGGCACACAGGCGGACCAAUGGCGGAAAGCACUAGCCUUACGGUCACAAAUGGCAGGUUCAGGAGUUGGUGGUUUGCAGAAGACUGAGGAUGAGCGAAGUGAAUUUUUGGCAAGAAUAAUGAAGCAAGCUUUUCAAAAAAGUUUCGGCAGUUCCGAAGAAGCUAGUUCUCCACAUUAUAGAAAAAAAUUUGAUGCAGUGCAGUUGCAGAAAUCGCAAGAAAGUCCAAACAAAAAUGGAUCUGCCGAUAAAGAUAAUGAUUCAAAAGCUAAAAAAGUUCCAGCGCUUAAAAAGUUUAUUAUGAGAAUUCCAAUUCACAAAGCUUUAAGAAUGAGUCGGACUUCAACCGAAAUUGCGGAUGCUGAAAAUGAAAAAUACACCAAAAUUGACGAAUCUUUGGAUGAAAUCAUAAUUAAUGAAGACAAAAGCCAAGAAGAGCACGAAAAAGAGAAGCAAUUUUCAUUUGAUAGCUAUCCUAUUAUUACAAUCAGCAAGUCAGAUAAUGAAAAAGACACUGCUGACAAGGACGAAAAACAAGAACAAAUUGAGAAAUCCAUGAAAAUUAUUGACGAAUCCGUAGAAUUAUUAAAAUCUUUAAACAAUUCGGAAGAAAACAUACUAGACCCAACAAAUUCCAGUGACGGAAAAUCAUUGAUGGCACCUGCAGAAAAAUCAUCGGUGAGAUUAGGCCGAAAAUUACUAAAAGAAUGUAGAAGAUGGCAAAAACAAACCAGUGCAGAUCAACCAGAAGAGGUCGUUGAGAAAUAUACGAAGAAAUGUGAAGAUUCUGAAACUAUUGCACCUAAUCCUAAUGAAAAUGAAAGUAAAUGCUCAACGGAAUCUACUGAAGGUUAUCAAGAUUCAUCAUUCGAAUAA